CCCGUCCCUGCCAAAAGCAUGCCUGUGACAGUAUCAUCAUCACCGAUGACAGCAAUUAGAGAUCUUUGCUCAAACGAUUUGGGUACAGGCAUGAUUCCAAUUUUCUAUCAGAGGAUGCGCAAUGGAUAUGGAGUCUAAUGAAACGCAAGUUCUUUUAGCAGCAAAUGAGUCUCCAAGAAAUACAAGAAAAGAGUCAAAUAGGUCUUUUGAAGACUUUAGAAUGAUAAUUCCUGAACGUUGAAUAAGAAUUUUUGAUUCUAAAGUUCGUUUGAACAAACAGACGGAACGUUCUAAGAAUGGGUAUUGGGAUGGAGGUUACGACAAAUCACUGAUGAAAUAAAUCAACAAUUGUAUGAACAAGGAUGUUUCAAAGAAUUAAUUGCAGUAUAUAAACAAAAGGUAAAAUUUUUAAGCAAGGAAAAGGUAUGAGGUUUGUUUCAUGAAUGAUGAUUUAUUCUUGAACAGGCAUUGUCAUACUGGAUUGUUUUGGAAAUCCAUACUCAGGCAUGAUAGUGUUUCUUCUUUUUCUUUUUGUGCUCGUUUGAGCAUUCAAUGGGCACUCGUUUUCCAGGUCAGUUCUUGAACAUGAUGGACCAGUCGAUAUUUCCCGUCGCUAAUCUUGCAAUCUUUUGAGAAUUAUUUGAAAUUUAAUAGAUUCUUUUCCUCUUUUCCCCACCACCUUUGGAAAAAUCUCUUCGCGAGCAUGCAUCGUAUAAAUUGGACCUUUAUGAUCCAACUGUUAUGAGCGCGGUGCAUAAGCUUCCCAUCCAGCUACAUACAAGACAGAAAUGUAUGAAUACAUGAUGAGUUCAGGUCAUUUAGGGCUGCAUUUUUCAGCUUACCUUUUCUUACUCUACUGUAUCCAUCAAAGAAGGAACCUAACAGGUAGCAGAUUUACAAAUCAGAAUUGCAGGGGAAAAGAAGGAUUCCAAAAACUAAAUAUCAUUUCUAGUACUAUUAUAUUACUGACAUUCAGAUCCAUGCAAGGAGUAAAAAAAGCAUCCUUUUGUUUACAUUUUAAGCCACUGCGUUUGGGUAUACUAUAUCAUAUAUGAGGUUCCUUUGGGGUUCGCAAUUCCCUCACCUAAGGAACUCUUUUGGAGUGCUGUGGUCAUAUAGAAACCCAUCUUUCACCAAAUACGGGUUUCUCAAAAAAAAAAGAUUUCAUAAUGUAUGGUGUGCGAAGGUUGUUUCGUCCUACGGUAAUGCGUGCUGGAUUCCCUGUACGUGCCUCUUUAAAUCAUCCUAGAGCAUUUUGGUUUUCUUCGGAAGCCAAGAAGUCUGAAGCUGGUGAAAAGGAAAAAACAGCCGAAGCAGCUCCUAAAACUGAGGAACAAGAUCAAAUAAAAGAGUGUCAAGCGAAGCUUGAAGCAAAGAACAAAGAAAUUGCUGAAUUGAAGGAUAAUGUCCGCCAUAAAUUGGCAGACGCUCGAAACAUGGAAAACCGCUUGAAACGUGACAUGGAGCAAACCCGUGCAUUUGCUGUUCAAAAGCUCGUUAAGGAUCUUUUGGAUUCUGUCGAUAAUUUGGAACGUGCCUUGUCUAUUGUGCCCGAAGAGAAGCGUAAAGAUCGCGAUAGUAAUAAAGAUUUGGUGAAUCUGUACGAUGGUUUAGUCUUGACCGAGUCAAACAUGAUUAAGAUGCUCCAAAAAUAUGGUGUGCUUCGUUACGACGGUAUAGGUGAAACCUUUGAUCCUAAUAUUCAUGAGGCAGUUUUCCAGAUUCCUAUCGAAGGAAAAACACCAAAUACAAUCUUCCAUUGUGAGAGCAGGGGUUAUCUAUUAAAUGGUCGUGUUGUCCGUCCCGCUAAGGUUGGUAUCGUUAAGGGCGAAGACAAAUAAAAAGGAAAAUGGACGUUCUCUAUGAGCUAGAGUCUUUACUUUACUGUACAACUUUGGUCCCGUUCUUCAAUUCUGUGUCAUUUUUCAUUCUCUCCCUCACUUCUCGUCCUGUUUCCCCUUGCCAUUCUUCCGUAUGUGUUUUAUCGCUUUUCGCCAAUUCCCUUGAUCCGCAUAUCUUCUUUUGUCCGUCAAGGUAAGGAACUCUUACUAGUUACAGGGGAUUCGACUUUGGGUAUGAUGCUCUGUCUCAUAGUUUUAUUUCUUUUAUUUCUUAUUUCCUUCUGUUUUAUAAGCCGCUCAUACCGAGGUAGAAGGACUAUAAAGAUUUCUUUUAAUCUUGACGUAUGGGACUUUGUGCAAUGGAUUUCUCCAUACGUUGUUUCAUUUAUCACUAUUUACCAAUUUACGAGUCUAUUAAAAAAGAAAAAUAAUUCAUUCCGUACAUUCCUCCUACUUUUUUUAAUAUGAAUGUUACGAUAUCUCGAAAAACUUACUUUGAAAUCAUCGAUGAAAAAUCAACAUUGGAUCUAUCCAUGAAGGCUCAGUUUUGGACGUUUCUUUGAAAAGAUUUUUGAAUUUUAAUAAACAAACCGAGCUAUUUGCUUGUUUCACUUUUACCACUUA